GUAAGGAGCGCAGAUACUCCAGGGGAGGGGAAGUUGGGGGAGAAGAGAGAAGUGGGAGAAGAGAGAAGAAGGGGGAGGAGAGCCUCUUUCUCGGCAGGGUGACUAAGACACGUGGGGGAGUGUGGGGCGGAGGUGACGUCUGCGGGAGGCACAUGAGUAGAAUGGGAGGAAGGAGGAGGUAGGCUGGGGUUGGAGGGAGGAAGGGAUAGGGGAAUGGGCUCCUGAAGUGUUCCUGGUGUGACAUUUUUAGGCGUCUGCGCGAGCUGCCAGGUGAGGAGCCCUACCAGACAAAGGGGGGACAGAGGGGCCUGAAGAAGCAGCAAGGGUAGAGGGAGGAGGAGGUGGUCUUCUAAUCCCCCCAGCCCUCCUUCCCCACCACCAUUACCUAACCCUGCCCCCAUCAUCACCGCCAGUAGUCGAGAUGUCGGUAGAGGUAGCGGCCGCGGCAGUGCUAGUGAAGGUAACUGAGGUGCUGAACGAGGAGAGUCACUAGCCAAGUGGAACCAGCUCUAUUGUGGGAAACCAGUCAGCAGCAAACCCCCCUUCCUUCUCCUCCACAAGCUCUCGCCUCCUCCUCCUUCCUCCUUCCCUCCCUCCUCGUCCCCAGUUACCCCCUCCCCUCAAGUGUGUCGUGGGGCCCAGCACCUUCCUGGCCCGUCUUAGCGUCACAGUGGUUCACGUUGGCCUCUCCUCAAGAUGGUGUAGUGUCUCGUCCUCGCAACACCCGUCGUCGUCCUCGCGUUGUCUGUGACGAGUCUGUGUGUCCCUCCCGGAGACGCCCAUAAGGUUGGCAGUGAAGACCGGGACUCUGGCACUGAGUCUGAUGACGAACAGCCUUACGACGACCCUGAGCCUGGUAUGUGUCACCCUGGACUCCAACAUCCUGCACCCAUCACCCUACCUCAGCACAUGCAUCCUGCCCCCGCUACCCAGCAGUUACAUCAACAUCCCUGAGCACUGCCCUCUCCUUCCUCACUGAAGUUUUUGGGAUCUGAACCUGUGCAGGCUGACGCUAGGUCUUAAUUGGCUUAUAUAAUGAGCAUCUGUCUUCCUGUGCCAGGACCUCAGGACCCCAACCACUUCACAACUGCUUGAACAAGACUGAUAGCAUGAGCAGCCUCGGAACAUGCAUGCUUUAGCAUCUGUUUAACUAGAGCAGCGAGAUGUCAAGUGAGGUGUCGAGUGGGUGUAGCGUGAGGUCACGCCCCACUAGCCAGACCAGCACAGACACACUCACUUGCGAUGACCUGCCAAUGGCUGCUGAUGCCCCAGACAUGCCCCCCCCUGCCACCAUCCCUCCAUCCUCAGGCUCCUCUUCCACAGGCCCUUAUCAUCACCCACACCAUCAUCACCACCACCACCAUCACCAUCAUCACCAUCAUCACCUUCAUCACAGUCACCAUCCACAUCUAGGGCGGAGAGCACGGACUCCUCGCCACCUCCACCCUCCCAUACGGACCUCAGAACCCCCAAGAGAGUCCCCAGCCUUAGAGUCCCCAGUAGAACCUUUCCUGGACUCUGAAUUUGUUAGUGAAUGUGAUGUGUGUGACCCUGUUGAACACCACUCAUCAGAAGAAGAGUUGGAAACACUCACAGGUUCAUGGCCAAGGGAAACAGGGCCCCCAGAAAAAAGAAAAUGGUCACAAGUUGCAAGGGUCUCCCUCACAGAUUCUGGCAGCAGUGAUGAAGAAGUGUGUGGAUUGACCACGGGGCCACGCCCACCCGUCCAAUUUAGAACUUCUCCUCCCCUUGAGGCGCAUAAGCCACUGCGCUCAGUGUCUCCUCCUACCAAAGUGCUCAGUUUAGCAAACAGUGGGCGGGAAGGAAUGUCAUCAGCAAGUGGAGGAGAAACAAGUGGGUCACCGGGGGUUGGUGGGAGUGAAGGUGGGGCAGCGCGGGCUGAAGGUGGGGCCAGGGCAGCUUCCCCUCGCAAGAGACACAGGCAGACACCUCGCCCUCACCAAAUGCACCGCCCAUGUCUAGACUUUGAAAAAAUGCAGCAGAUGCAAAAUCGAACAGUUACUCAGUGGAGGAAUGGUGGGGAACUUUCCCUCUCUUCCUGCUAGUUUUCCGCUCCUGAAGGGUGGCCAUUAAUAUCCCUCAAGCAAGUAGGGAUGAAAAGUUAUUUGUGUUCUUUUUGGGAACAACGGUUGUAGAGGAGAGCACUACUAAAAGCCUCAUCAUUUGUAGGUUCUGAAGUCAUGGCUUGUGGAAAGUCUGUGUGCUUUGUGUAUAUUUGAUAGAAUAACAUAGAAUUGGAGCAGUCAUUUUUACCACCUCCCAGCUUUGUGUGACUGUGAAGAUUGGAGCUGUGUAUGUAUGUAUGUAUGGAUAUAUAUAUAUAUAUAUAUAUAUAUAUAUAUAUAUAUAUAUAUAUAUAUAUAUAUAUAUAUAUAUAUAUAUAUAUAUAUAUAUAUAUAUAUAUAUAUAUAUAUAUAUAUAUUAUGUAUGUAUGUAUGUAUAAUUGAUUGGUAUGGUUUCAAUUACAAAAUAGAGAUACUGAAAGUAGUUGAAGUUUUUUGUAAUUUUUAUAUGUUGAAAGUUAUUUCUGUAAGAUUAUGUUUUCACAGACAAGUAUUGCUGGUGUGCAGAAUCAGAGAGAGAGAGAGAGAGAGAGAGAGAGAGUAUGAAUGUAGUUUUGUAAUAUAACACAGCCUCAUGAAUACACAAGUCAUAGUUAAAAUCAAAUGAUAAUGGAUAUCAAUUUUUAAAGCUGUGCAGUAGGGUUUCAUGUCAUUGUGUAGCUUGUUAGAAUACUAAAGUGCAAGUAAAAUGGAAGAUUAGAGAGAGAGAUGGAUACAGGCCAACAGACUGACCGACUAACUGACAGACGUAGAAACCUGCAAAUAGACAAAAGAGGACAAGGAAAAGGAGACAGCAUCUCUGCCCAAUUUUGUACCUGAUUCCUAAUUUAAAUAUGACACAAUUAGAAUAUAAAGACAGGUGUGGACAUCUUGAACUUAUUGAUACUAGAAAACUUAUUGGGGUCAGUACAUUUGUUUUGUAGAUAACAAUUGUUAGUAAAAUUCUUGAACUUUUUCACUGUUUCAUGACAUGCUAAGUCAUCUUAAAAUAAUUUUUCUGUUGCUAUCAUUAAGAAGUUGAAUGUAAUGUUUUCAGUCAGGAACACCAGAUGCAAGAGUGACCAAAAAUCAUGGUAUUUUUUUUUACUUUAUUUUAUGUGAACAGAUUUUAACAAUAAACAUCUUUAUCUAAAUUACCAAUAUGGAGAUUUUUACAACAACAGAAAUGUAAACACACAUGAUGGUGUGUGUCUGCUGUCAAUUUACAGAAGCUACUGGAACCCAGUUUCAUAAUCAAUACAACAUUUCAUUGCAAAGAUCACUGUUUUGGUCAGACUCCCAAAAGAUACUGGCAUAUGUUUAUAUUAGAAUAUUAUGUAUAGAAAAUUAAUCAUAUAAACUAGUCAGAGAGUGUGAAACUCUAAAUAUACUUAUGUUAUAGACACUGUAAAUUUUAUUCAUGACAUUUAAAAAUAAUCGGGAAUUGUAACGUGAUCAUACCACAAGGUUAAAUGACAAUACAUGAUAUAUUUGUAGUUGAAAUGCUGUGAAAUGCUGGAUGUGAUGUGCAGUAUUGUUUCAUUGGGCAUGGGAGGUAUCAACCCAGGUUUUGGUUAUAUGCUCUUAAAGUCUUACCCUUAAUAUAUUCACUGUUAUUCUUGUAAGAUGCUUGCAUUAUGUCUCUUUUGUCUCCUUACCUGUCCAACAGGUACUCAUCUCUAAAUUAUGAUGAUAUAUAUAUCUGGUAUUUAUUGUGAAACUGAAGCAUACUGUUAUAUAAUUUUGCUGAAUGGAUGAAUUAACUAAUUGAUAAGUUAUACAUCAUGCAGGAAAUUCACUUUUUAAGAUGAUUCCACAAAUCAAUUUUUUUUUUAGAAACCAACAAGUGUCACUAUAUUUAUACUUACAACUCCUCAAAUUAUGAAACUUACAAAUUUUUAUAAUUAUUUCUUUUUCAAGUGCUACUCUCAGAUGUCAUGAAGCUUUAUAUCUAAAACAAUAAAACUUGGACACAUGAAGGUCAGAUAACAUAUCAACUUUACAAAAAGUACUUGAGCACAUCUUUUUAAGGGGUCACAUAAAUUAGGCUUUGAAAAGUAUCAAGUCCAAUAAAUUAAGUAGCUUUCUUUUGCUGAAAUAAAUGACCGUAAUCUUUGGAAUACAAUGAAAAAUUUCCCCUUUUUUUUCAGAAUUGAUGGCAGAUACCCUUUCAGAUGUGUCUUAUAUAUUACAGUAAAAGCUCCAUUAUCUGACAAUUGUGAGACCUAUUGGAGUUUAUUUGAUUAAAAAAAAAAGUAGGAUAGAUGGCUAAUUCAAAACUCUAAAAUUUAUUAGAUACUAUGAAAAAUUAUAUUGAGUUCAAAGAAAUAUUUAAUGUUUUUCACAAUUCCUGAAACAGAUUCAUCAAGUGUGAUUAAUUUGGAUUUUUUUUUUUUCCCUAUGAUGAGAUAAACUUUUUUGGUUUCAGUUGCAUCAUAGAGCUUAAGCAAGCUGUCCUUUGUUUUCAUAUCAUAAACAGUCCUAUUUCAACAAACAAAUUUUUACAUGAUGUUAACUUGAUUCACUUCACUCACUUCUCUUUAUAAUAUUGUCCAUGAUGCUUACCACAUGGCACUUGCAUUGGGCACCAAUAUUACUAGCAGUACUUAUGGAGCAACAUUUUGAACAUUGGCAAUAUCCAACACUGAAACAAAAAACAGAGUACAGAGCAGUGUGGCACCACCACUACAUGACAGCUGCAGAGAUUUUGAGGCUCUAGGUUUUUUAAAAACUUUGUGCAGUGUUCGUAAACUAGAUCAGAUGCAGAACCUUCUACUGUAACUGGUAAAGUAUGUAAACACAUGUAUUCAGCCAUAUUAGACCAAUGUGUGUGCAUGUGUGUGUGUGUGUGUGUGUGUGUGUGUGCGCGCAUAACUAUUUUUCAAUUCAGAUGUAUUCUGGGAAGCACUGUCCUAUUAAAAUUUAUUAUCAUUUCAUCAUAAGAAAUGUGCAUUUGAUAACAUUUUAGUUUGCAUUUUGAUCGUUCUUUUCAUGGUGAAGGAAAAUCUUCGUUCAAUGAAACAUUCAGUUUUUAUGGAUUAAUUAAAAAUUGUAUUAGCACAUUAAUUUAGGAGCUGAUUUUAAAUGACAUACCUGAUUGCUGGCUUUGUGCUGAUCUGGUACCUCACUCCACGAGACUGCAAAACACAUCUUAAAGGACCAUACAUAUUCAUCAUUAUGUAAUUUUAAAUUUGUUCUCAUAACACUGAUUGAAAAUAUAAUUACUCCUUUAGUCACGAAAGGAUGUAUCAGAAAUGGAGCUAGUUUGUAGUUCUUAACAAAUGCAUUACUAUUGCUCAGCAGCAGCUUGUAAACAAAGGAAGGUGAAGAUUGUGUGAUACCAGCAUUGCCUUUUAUUUAUGACCUCAAUUCAUUACUACAGUAUUGAUAAAACAGGCCAAUCAGUAAUCACUGGUUGAAAACAAGAAAAACUGCAGGUAGUCAAUACCAUCAACAAAAUUUUUAAGUUUGAGGAUAUUUCUCCUGUAGCUGCUAUCAACCCCAUUAACCCUUAGUGGCCUGAGGGAUGCCAUUGUGCAUCUAACUGGGGGAGUGAGACAGUAGUGGUUGCAGAUGUGGGGCCUCUUACUGUUCAGUAGGCCAACACAUUAAAGUUUUAACUUCUUUAUUCAGUUAACUUACUGAACUUAGUUUUUUGCCUUUCUUGACAAAUUAUGAUAUAUGAAUAUGAAUGAAAAUUUUAGUGGUUCAAAGUUGAUGAAAAAAAGAAAUUAUCUUCAGUGUUUAUUAUAGUUUUUUUUUUUCAUUCAGUGUAAAUUUUUAUUUUCAUGAUAUGGAAAUCUAUAAAGAUGGCUGGUUUAGUAGGAUGCAUAUGUACAUAUAAACAUACAGACAAUAAAUUCUCAGAAUAAUGAACAAUUUGGGAGAAGUCAAUUCAUUAUUUAUGAAAACUUGUUCUGUCCACUGGCUGUUACAGCAAGAUCCUCUAGUGAAUUUGGGUUUUAAUAUAAGGGAAGCUAUUCAGUAGUACAUACUCCUUGUACUGUUAUUGACUUUUUAUGGCAGUUAACAAAAUUGAGUUUCCUGUAUACAGUGGUAGUUUUGGAGGCUCUGAGUAUUCAUUAUUUUUGAUUCUUAAAACAAGCAGUGUUUCAUGAAAUGUGAGACGCAUUAAAUAGGCUAUACAUGUUCAUUAUAUCUGAUGUUCACUCUAUCAAGAGUUUACUGUUGUGUGUGUGUAUUAUAUGCACAUACAAACAUACAGAUGCACCACAGCUUACUGGCAAUUGAUGGUCUUUCACCUCCUUUAGUCCAUAUAGUGAAAAUAUUCCUAAGAAACUAGAAUUAUGCAUCUACAUUUAGUGAUGAAGACUGGGAGAAUCACUCUACCCCACUCACAAAAACUUGGCAUCAUUCAUUCUAUUAAGCAAAAAAUAUAUGUUCUAAAGAGAAAACUUGUAAGCUAACCUAUGCAGUGUUGUGGCUGGCAAUUUGUAUUUUACCAUCAAUUAUAAGAAAUUUGCAAAUUCUUGUGCUGCCCAUCAAUGCCCAACAAUGCUGUGCAUAAGAUGUGAGAACUGAUGUAAUGCUUGCAAGAUUUUGGAAUUAUAUCUCUCCUUAUUUAUGCAGUUACAUUAAUACUAAUGACCACUCUUAAUGACAUGUGACUCAAUGAAAAUUGGUCAAGGGAACUACUAUGCGAUGGCUUGUGGAGGUAUUGGUUUAUUCAGCAAAGCAAGGGACUGUGUUAAUUGGUGGUGUAGCUUUAUACAUGUGCUUCUGUACAUAUAUAAUGCUGUAAAUUUGAAGAAAAUUACUGGUGUGUAUGUGUGUGUGUGUGUGUGUGUGCAUGUGGUUAGUACAAGGACCUAAACACUAACAAGAGCCAUCCUCUGUUAGCAACUGAAAUCGCUAGACUGAGGCUCUCCUCUAGGUACAAGUGGGAAUAACAGCACUGCAAUUGGUCCUCUAGCAAUGUAACAUGAUGACCUCAGAAAUAUAUAGGAGUUUUAUAAUGUAAAGCCUUAUAAUAUAGCAAAAUGGAUGAUUGGAAAUCAUUAUAUGGAACAGUAUCCAUCUUUUCAUAAAAUUUACAACAAUAUUGUCAUAAACAUGUGACGUGCUUAUUUUACUGUAAAUUUUCUUGAAUAUUUUUUUAUGCAUCAAAGGGAUCCAUAUACUCAUACAAAUGUACAAAUUUAGAGCAUCACAUAUCACUUGAGAAUGGAUUAGAAAAAUAUUUAAAAAAUCUUAUAUUGCAAAAAUAUUAUAAUCUGAAUGAGUUAUUGUGUGCAUGUGUGUGUGUAUGUGUGCAUGUGUUUAAACAGACACAGACAGACAGACAGAGACAUGGUUUUAUCUUUCAUUCAUGAUGUAUUUGUGAAGGACAUUGGUAGCCAGUAAUGCUUGAAAAUCCUUUUGCCUUGAAAUAUAUGGAACUUGAACAUUUUAGUUUAAAAUUAGAUUUUUUUCUGUAAAAAAAGAAAAAAUGUUAAAAAAAGUAGAUGAAUUGUUGGAUUCAAGUCAGUACAGUAACAAAAAUUCCUCUCGUCCACUUUGGUUUAAAGUGAGGUGCUCUUAUGUCAGUGUCUCAGAAGUACAUGUUUGCUGUCCAAUAUAACACAUCACAUAACCAGAAAUACAUUAGGGCAGUUUUAAGGAAGAUAUUUGUUUUUAUAUGCUGCUUAUUUUUUUUGUGUGUACUUUGAAAAAAAAAAUAGACAAGCUGAAUAAGUAAUUUUGAAGUGGUACCAUGCUCUCUCUCUCUCUCUCUCUCUCUCUCUCUCUCUCUCUCUCUCUCUCUCUCUCUCUCUCUCUCUCUCUCUCUCUCUCUCUCUCUCUCUCUC